AUGCGCUUCAACGGCAACAGCGGCGCCGCGGCGGAGGGCGGCCACCGCACGAGCCCGCAGAUAUUUUCUCCACCCCUCACCCCUCUGUCGUCGCCUCCGAUGACGCCGACGUGCCCAAACGCGACGGCGGUGGCAGAGCAGGAGUGGCAGCCACGCUACUCGCUCCGCCCCUCCUCCCUACCACUCGGUGACUUCACGCGCGCAAUGGACGAGACUGACAGAUCAUCGCGUGCCCCUGGUGCGAGCGCUGGGCAGCGGUACUGUCACACCUCAUCGCUCAAGGAAACGGAGCAGGGCGAGGCCGCAGACGGCCUCCACCGCACCUGGAUCACAACACCCCAACCCAAGUCGCCUGGUGAGCUCGCGCCCAACGGCACAGGCGAUCACACAAACCCCUCUACAACACUGUGCCACCGAAGCAGCGGCGCGGUGCAGUCGGGCAGCAACAGGGAUCGAGAAGCAGCCCACUGCAGCGGCGGCCGUCCUCUUAGGGACGAAUGUAGCGGUGCUAACAGCGUCCACCACGCCCAUGCGCUGCGGCUCACGGCCGAGGAGGAGCAAGCGGCGCGUCUGCGCGCGUACAACGAGAUGGUCGCCGGCGCCGCUGUCGGCAACGAUGCGGGGGACGUCGAUGGGGUUAUCGCCGCAAACAGUCGCGACUUCGUCUCGGAUACCCUGCACACAAUCCUCCCCACCGGCGUGACGCAGUGGUUCUCGCGCUCCGUCAACGCGGUGUCACAUACCUCGUCGAACAUGAUCCCCGAUGCCGUGAAGAGCGCCGCGAGCACGGUGUCAAGCACCGUCGGUGUCGGUGCCCAGCAGAUUGGUGACGCGAUCGACAGGCUGCCCGACUUGGUGGUGGACGCGAUUCCGCCCACCGUGAUGUCCGAUGAUCUGAAGCAGCUCUUCACGGACUUCAGCAACACCUUCCGCAGCUUCUUUCACACGAAUAUUCUGUCCAUGCCCUUCGUGUUCCGUCAAGCCGGGCUGAUCGGCGGUAUCGCGCUCCUCUCCUCUGUCGCCAUCACGUCCGAGUACGCGACGGAGGCGUACUUUGGGGCGAAGAACCAGAUGAGGAACGCGCACAAGGUUGUCCUGUACGGUGAGGUGCCGCUCAUGAUAUGGGGCAAGUGGUAUCCGAUGAUCAACUUGUUCUACGGUGUUAUCCACCUCGUCGGCUUCAUUGCAUUUUCGUCGUCGAACGCGGUAGUGCUGCUCGGUGCCAUGGGCAUGAAGGGUGGCAGUGCGCAGGCGCUGGGCCUCAUUCUGCCCUCCUUAAUCGCCCUUCCGCUCGUCCUCAUGAAGAACGCACGCAGCCAGCAGCCACUGGCGAUCAUGUCCAACACACUCGUGCUGAACUCCGUCAUUUUGAUGUGCGUGGACUUCACCUACAAGCCUCAGCUGCCCAUGAAGCUGUGGCCCAACUCGCCAUCUGAGUUCUUCGUCGCACUCGGUGUAACAGUGUACGCCUUCACCGGUAUUGGCUCGACGAUCACGGUGGAGCGAGUCAUGGCGCCGCAGCGCUAUCUCAAGCUGCUGCGUGUGUCGGUGGCGAUUUCGUGGGCGCUUCUCAUGGCCUUCGGCCUCAGCGGCUUUAUCGCCUACGGCAGCCACACCUGCUCCGUCAUGACGGUGUCACUGAAGCCCGGCCCACUGCGGGCGGCGGCGAGCGCGUUGCUCUUCUUCGCAUCACUCACGAUCAUCCCGCAGAACACGUUCCCGCUGUGCGAGCUAUCGGACCGGCAACUGCUAGGGAUUACGCGGCUCACUCACUACUGGGACGUCAAGCCGAACCUGCUGCGUAUCUCAUACCUCAUUCUGAGUGCCUCUGCCGCCUUCACUGUUCCGUACUACGGACUUGUCCUGUCCAUAUCCGGCUCGCUUGGCUGCGGCAUCGUUGGCCUUGUCGUGCCCGCCGCGCUGGACUACGUCAGACGCGAACGCUGGGCGCUGCGGAAGGGUCGAACGCUUCGCUUCUGGGAGUACAUCCUCGUCUUCGGUCUCGGCUUCUACGGGUGUGUCGUGGUCGUUAUUGGGGUCGUGUCCGGCAGCUACCAGCUGUGGAAGAACAUUCAAACACGCUCCCCUGACAGCUGCUAG